AUAUAGUGAAUGCAGGGUCCGGGGAGAGCGGAUAUAGUGAAUGCAGGAUCCAGGGGGAGAGCGGAUAUAGUGAAUGCGGGGUCCGGGGAGAGCGGAUAUAGCGAAUGCAGGGUCCGGGGAGAGCGGAUAUAGUGAAUGCAGGGUCCGGGGAGAGCGGAUAUAGUGAAUGCAGGGAUGAGCUAAAUAUUUUUUUUUGCUUAAAAAUGUUUUUUUUUUUUUUUUUAUUUAAAAGGUUCAAGAUGAGCUAAAUAUAUUAAACAUUUUCCUCCUAAAAU